ACCACCACCACCACCCUCACCAUCACCACCACCACCAUCACCACCACCACCACCACCAUCACCACCACCACCACCACCCUUUCUAAACUCCCACGAUGCUAAAGCUGAGCGCCCGCGAGGUUCGGAGCCACCGCUCGCUCGACUCGUGCUGGGUGGUGCGAGACGGUCGCGUGUUCGACGUCACCCGCUUCGUGCGCAUGCACCCGGGCGGCGAGACGGCGCUGCUGCGACGGGCCGGCGCCGACGUGGGGCGGGCGAUGCGCGGCGCGCCCCACAAGCACAGCCAGAACGCGUAUCGCUGGCUCGAGCAGUACUGCAUCGGGGAGCUUGCCGAGGACGACGACGAGGAGCCGCAGCAGGUGGAGGAGCUGGAGCCAGCCGUCACUGAAAGCAACGGAGUCAGCAGUGAACAUUCCGGUUUGGUACCAGAUACUUCGACGGAUAUCGAAGUGACUUACAAGACCGUAUCAACAGAAAAUGACCUGGUGGACUGGAGCAAGCCGCUGCUGUGGCAGGUGGGGCACCUACGGGAGAAGUAUGACGAGUGGGUGCACCAGCCGGUAGACCGGCACAUCCGCCUGUUCGGCUCUGACCUCGUCGAGUCUUGGACCAAGACCUCAUGGUACGUGGUGCCUAGCGUGUGGCUGCCGGUGGUGCUGCUGUGGAGCGUUUGGUGCAACCGGGAGUUGGCACGUGGUGACACGGCCCUGCACCCUCCGCUGCUGACCGGUGCGAGUGUGACCGUGGGGCAGGAGUGGUUCCCCCUCCUCUUCCUUCUGGGCAUGUUCAUCUGGUCCUUUGUGGAGUACAGCCUCCACCGCUUCCUCUUCCACAUGACCCCGCCCGCCAACAACUACUACCUCAUCACGCUGCACUUCCUGCUGCAUGGACAACACCACAAGUCCCCGUUCGACGGCUCCCGCCUCGUCUUCCCCCCGCUGCCGGCGUCUCUCUUCGUGGCGCUCUUCUACGUCGGCUUCCGCCUGGCGCUGCCGAGCGCCGUCACGGGCUCGCUGAUGGUGGGCGGCCUGGCGGGCUACGUGAUCUACGACCUGACGCACUACUACCUGCACUACGGAGCGCCGCGCCGCGGCACCUACCUCUACCACCUCAAGGCCUACCACGUCAAGCACCACUUCGAGCACCAGAAGCUCGGCUUUGGGAUCACGAGCAAGCUGUGGGUUCCCUUCCAGACGCUCAUUCCCAAGGAGACCUUUGAGAAGUCUCACUGACGCCCCCGCGUGGCAAACCGCUGCCACCGCCACCGCUCCUCCUCCUCCUCCUCUCGCUUCCCCGUGGCAACGUCGCUCUGGGAUCCCAUCGGCUCGAUUCUCGAGACCGGUCGUCUCACUCCGGCC